AUUUACACUAUGGGCACAAAGUCAUUUUCUUAGACAAAUUAAAGAAAGGCUUUGGAAUGUUUGGUACUACGCAACAACUUUAUAUACCAACGUAUUCUUCAGAAGCCUUUUACAGGAGAGAUAUAAAUCAUUUGUAUAUUCUUGCCAAAUUAAUGCAAUCACCAUUUUAUGAAAAGAAUGAGAAUGGAUUUCUUAAAUUUACUGGAUUAGGUUGGAUUAUUGCUCAUGAAUUGUUACAUGCAAUUGAUAUUACAGGUGUUCUCACUGACGGAAAUGCGAAUCCACGAUUAAGCCAAAAUUCUCAGGCAGGACUCAUUGCAAACAUGAAGCAAACAGACUGUUUACGUUCUCAUUAUCAAUUUAAUUCUGAUUCAUAUGGAAAGUGCGACAGGAUUACAACACAAGAUGAAAUUUUGACUGAUAAUGGAGGAUUGAAAAUAAUGUACGAU